AUCUUAAGAGAUUAAAUAUUUUAAUUAAUGAGUGCUGAUUCGGAGGAACAGAAUAGGGAUGUUUCAAAUGACCCAUAACCAAAACCUGACAAUAAGAAAGUGCAAGAUUUUACAGAGGAUUGGGGGUAUUAAGGGAACCCAUCACCGCGAUUUACACCCAUGCCCUAUCCAUCACUAUUUCCUCCCAUGUGUCCUCCUCCAUUUGAGUUAGAAAAAUAAGUCUAUCAUGACUAUGAUCCACAGAAAUAUCCCCACAUGAACAGCGAUAGGAAAGGACAAAGUGAAGUUCCACACAUGGAUCACAUUGACGACGAUCCCCAUCGUAUCCCUGUUCAUUACCCUUUCGGCUAUUAUCCCCCUAUGAAAUACCCGCCACAACAAAUGUUUAUGAAAUAUCCACCUCCUCCACAACAAGGUUAGGCUUACAUGGUUCCACAAAAUCCAUGGUAUCCUCCAAGACCAUAGUAAUAAUUGAUGCCCCCAUUUUGCUAUUACCCCUAAUCUCAGUACGAUGGACUCUAAUGCCAAAACACAGUUUCCAAGGAACUGCAAUCCAAAGUGUUUCAGUUGGUUUAGUAUCAAAAAGUGUCGGAUUUCCAAUGUAAUUGCAAAAAAAGCAAAUGCCUCAAACUCUAUUGCGAAUGCUUUGCCAAUAAUUGGGUGUGUUCUCAAAGCUGCAAUUGCUAGGAUUGCAAAAACAGAAUUGAUAAUCCACAAGAGAGAUCGAAAGCAAUUGAGGAAGCAUUGCUCAGAAAUCCAGAUGCUUUUGCGUAAUGUUUUCAACAAAAGAGUCAAACCCAAUUCUCUGUCCAAUAACAAGAUAAACCACUCAAAGAACCCACCAAGGACAACUCCAAUAUCACAAGAAAGGGAUGCAAUUGCAAGAAGUCUGGGUGCAAAAAGAAGUAUUGCGAAUGCUACAGUCAAAACUUGAAAUGCAGUGAUUUGUGCAAAUGUGAAUAGUGUCUUAAUAGAACUGAUGCCGAGAUCUAAGCUUAACAAGACAUCGCACAAGUCUUGAAUUCUCAGGACUAGGUCAAUGUGGACAUAAAAGUCAAUCAAAAAUCCAAAAAGAUUAAGAAAAUUGGAAAUGGAAAUGAAGACAAAAGCGAUUCGCAAAAACCUGUGGUCUAAUUGAAAAUAAAUGUGAAUAAUAAUAGUAAUCGAAAAAAGCUGGAUAAAAAGUGA